AUGAGCGAACGAAGCCUCCUUAAUGGAGCACGGCUGAAUCACAGACUUUCCGAUGUGUCUAUCGCCCCAAUUACGGAAACUCAGCAAGGUAGUACAAGCUCAAAUAAUCAAGGAGAACACCAAAUUCAACAGCAACCACAGCAAGCCUUGCCUUCUGCCAGUAAUUAUCAUCAUGGAGGAGGAGGAGGCAAUGGGCCCUAUUCAGUUACAGGCUCGGAUAGCGCAUUAAGCGCAACAAAUAGCACAUCAAGCUCUAAUAAUUCGUUUACCUCUCAAACGUUGGAUUUAUUCACGACCAUGAUUGUUUCAUUAAUAGAUUGUUCUCCAAAGAGAUCAUGGAGAGCCUUCAUUAUUCCAAUCAUUUUCAACAUCUACCUAAUAUGGACACAAUUGUUUGUAGACACGUUAGCUGAUUUUGGUUGGGGAGAGUACGGAAGCUACAUAUUUUCAGUGAUAUUGAAUUUUCCUACUACGCUCUUAUUUCAAAUGGUACCAUAUUGGGGAGUGGUCACCCUGAGUGGUUUCUUUCUUUUACUUAUAUGGAUUUAUAUCGGAUUGUUGGUUUUAGCAUUCAGGAAUACAGUUAAACCAAGCAAACAUUUUAAAAAGUUGAAAGUGUUCAUACGGAGAUCAAGUUACAUUUUGAGAACAUUCUCAUUGCUCAUGCUGCAUGUAUUUGUUGGGUUUUUUAAUUGUGAUCUUUCAAAAACCGUCAAUAUUGCAACCGUAGGAGGAGGUAGUAUUCUAAUGAAUGCAUUGCAACGUUAUAGUAGUGUGGCAUGUUUAGAAACUCAAAAUAUUGUCAUGAUGGUUGUGGCAAUCAUUGCAAUAUUGUCUCUACUUGUGGUCUAUCCCGUUGCUGAGUUUGCUAUUUCCCAUUCGUCUCCGUUUAGCAAAAUGCCAUUGAUGGCUGAAAGCUCACUAGUGACAACCUUAAUGGGAAUGUGUUGUAUGGUUCAAAUGAUCCUUUCACACGUCAUUCCCCAGCAAUAUUUAUAUGUUUCUGCAGGCGUACAAGUGAUACUCAAUAUUGCCAUGUGUUUUGUUGUUUUUUACUAUGUUCCUUUCCUGAAACGCUUAGAUAAUACUCUCUAUUUUGGCUUUGCACUCGCAAAGUUAGGAGCUAGUGUUGGUGCCUUGGUGAGCUCAUGUGUGAAUUUAACAUCUUCGACCAGUUCUCCUGUCGAUGGUGGUUAUGGGUUUUCUAUAUUGACGCUAGGACUGAUUGUGCUUGGCUUUGCUUUUGGAUGUGUAGUAAUGGAAUUCUUUAUCAGAUUUCAAACAUCACGAAUUCGUGAUAAGAUAUUGACUUUUGAGAUGUGUUUGUAUGAAAAAAGUAUGAUCAUUGGAAUUGAAAAAUCAGCCACCUCCAUUUAUGCUGAAAUUGAAGAAUCUAAAAUGAUUUCAGCCUUAAGAUUGUUUCUCAAGCUUUGCCUGAAGCAAGGUGCCAGCAGUAGCCUGCAUAAAGACCUUUUUGAUUCUGAAAUCUCGAUAGCAUUCAUCAAAGGAAUUGCAAACCAAAAAUCAUUUAGCGAUAUUUACAUGUUAAUUUAUGGCUCAAGCAUUGUGCUUGUGAAAUGGCAAGGGGAUCCAAACUGUGGUAUUUUUUCCCAAAAUUUAUUGAAAAGAGCAACCAGACAACAUCCCAAUAUUCUUCAACGCAUUAUCAUUCAAGAACGGCUUAAACAAAUUGAAGCUGUAUCCCAGUCUACCAAUGGCUUAUUUGAAAUAACUUCUCAAAUUGAUGCUCUCAACAAAAACCAGGCUAGUUUAUUGUCGCUUCAUAGAGAUUUCUGGAAAGAAUUAGCCUCAGAGCAUGUGAAUUAUGAAAAUAUUGAAAAGCUCAAUAGAAGCAUUUAUUCUCUUACCACUGAUUGUAAAAACUCGUUAACCAAUCUCUACUUCAACUAUUCACAUAACAAGACAAUUCUAAGAUUGUACGCCAGUUUUAUUGAAAGUUUUGAGUUUAAUAAGGAAAUGAGUCAAGCUCUUUUUGCGGAGGCCAAUAACAUUGAAGAAGAAGAAAUGAAGAAGAAAAGGAAAUUUUCCAGCACUGCCAAUAUCUUCAAUGUUAAAAGAGGAAAUAAGGUGGCUCCAUCAGUCACCACAGAUGCAUUAUCUAAAUAUAAUGUGCUUGAAGCAACCAGUGCUUACGGAGAUGAUAUGCACGAUUAUUCGGCAUUGGAUAAUAAGGACGAAACAAUGUUCAUGGAUUUAGCGGGAGAUGCUUUCGAAGAUGCUCAGUCUAAAAAAGAAAGUAUGAUGCGAAUGGCAGUAGCAUCCCCAAAGUCUCACAAAUGGGCCACAUUUCUUUUAACUGUAUACUUCAGUAUUGCAUUUUGCAUUAUCGCAGCGUCAAUAGGGUUAAGUGUAUAUUAUUCUCGCAGCGUGAAAGUCAACGUGCCUUACUUGCAGCAAGUUUGCUUUCCAAGUACUAUUCCGCUAUCAAUUAUUAGAAAUGUCCGAGCAGCACAAAAUUGGAUCAACGCGUUUUAUUUGUUCGAAUUCUCUUGGCCUCCAACCAUUGACGGAUUUCCUAGCGUUACGAAAAAAUUUUACAUUAACGAUCAUAAGAACCGACUUGUGAAUGACUUGAAUUUGCUGAAAACGCUAUUGCAGGUUGGACAACAAAACGUAUUUGAUCCUGCUAUCUAUUCUGACUAUUCUUCUAACAAUUAUCCGUUAUUAAUUCCAAAUGAAGACUCCAAUGAUACAAGCUUAUUUUAUAAUGGGGCGAACUCUCAAAGACUGUCUUCAAUUGUUGAGAUUACAAACAUGAUCAUCAAAUAUACUGACAAGUUGAUAGCUCAGUAUCCCUUUGAUUUAUUAAUGGAUAUUGAGUCUGGAAAUCACACUUUUCAACAAAAACAAACACUGUUGAACCGCUUGGCCAACAACGUGUAUAUGAAUCCAUUACAAAAUUAUAAUUACAUGUUUCUAUGGCAAAAUAUUUAUGGGUUCACGUUUGCAUAUGAAUCAUUUUGCCAGAAAUAUUUAGAUAGAUCUGUAGCAAUCAUUUCACGGUCAUUCACACAAUUCUUAAUAUUUAUAUCUGUUUCCUUGGGCAUCUACUUUUUCUUAAGCGUAUUAUUGUUACUAUUUGUGAGGUCUGAAAUCUUCUUCCUUAAAAAGCUGAUCAAACUUUUCGAAAGAUUUUUGCAAAAGGAUACUAUUGGCAAGAUUUAUCAUUCUUUAAGUAGAAGAACAGAUUAUGAAAUUGCUCGCCAAGUGAAAUCUUUUUCGUUGAGUAGAUUGAAACCUAACAUUGCUCUUCCCUCUAUCAUUUUAUUACUGGUAUUAAUUGUAUUUGCUUGUGUGGCUCUUAUGUUUGUAGAGAGCUAUUUGAAUGCUCAAAUGUCUUCUAUGGUGUUGACGAAUGUAAGACAGACCAUUCUUACAGCAACAGGCGUCCAAAGCGUGGAAUUUGAUGUUGGUGAAAUUGUUACUUAUUAUGCAGCUUCGGAAAUUACAAGACCAAAUUCUAUUUUGGCACCAUCAUUUAAAAGAAGAGUAUCCUUUGGUGAUCUAAGACUGUACAAAGGCAAGGAUAACUUGGAUUUUCUUUUCGACAAUGUGGUAAACAAGAGUCUGAUGGUAAGCGAGUCGUUUUCCAAGCUUAUCUAUGGAGAUUUAGCUCAAAAUGCAGCUCCCUUAAUUGGAAUGUAUCCCUCUGUUGACAAGCUAAUCACAGUUGGAUUUGAUGGAAAUUGCACGGAGUAUCUUCAACGAAAUAAUAUUGCUUUUACCUAUGCUAGUAACCUUCUGUACUGCCAAGGUUUAGAGAAAGUUUUAACUGAUUUUUUGUCAGCGGCUCCUCAAGUUAGUACUGAUGCUCGAAAACAAUAUAUUUUACAAGCUGAAGCUGCUAAAAAUGGUACUUUACUAGACAUUGUACCAACUCAAAUGCAAUUGAACAAUAUUUUUAGAAUGUCUUUGCCUUUGACAACAAAAUUUGUGACAUUUAUCAGCGAAUUUGUUAAGAGCUCUAGCCAACCCUCGAACACGCUGGUCACGAUUUUUUCCAUACUGGGAAUAUGUGGCACUUGUGUUUGUGCUUUCGGUGCCCACUUCAUUUCGUUCAAUGUUUGGAAUCAAAUUCAUUCAUUGAGAAUGAUGCUUAAUUAUGUACCCGUCGAAAUACUUGACAGAAAUGACAAUUUAAAGAAUUAUAUUCUAAAUCAUUCCAUAUCGUUCUCAAAGCAUGACAGCGUCACGACAAAGUCCAAAGAUGGUGAUUCCAUGUCUGAUCUAAAACUAAUUUUCAACUCUAGCGUUGAAGGAACCAUUUUGUCCAAAGAAAGUGGAGAAAUAGAGUUAUUCAACAAUGCUGGUUUAUCAAUGUUCGGUAUCAAAAUUAUAGAAAUUCUCGGUACAUCCAUGUAUGACAUUUUUGACUCAACUGUUCGUGAGGAUGUCAGAAAAGCAAUUGAAAAAUUGUUGACCAAGUUUAAACAAGAAAGUUCUUCAGAGGCUAAUAUUAACCAAUUUGUUGAAACUAUGGAAAUCAGCUGCAUUAGAAGAAAUCACACGCAAUUUCCUGCAAAAAUCAAUUUUUACAUUGUCAAAUUGAGUGGAAGACAUUCGUGUUCUAUUGUGGCAACUCUAAGGGAUAUCACACUUGAAAAAAAACAAACCAUGCUAUUGAACGAAGAAAAACAAAAAUCCGAUAACUUGCUCAAAAAUAUAUUGCCCACCAAAGUUGCAAAUCGAUUGAAGAACGGGGGAGAUUCAUUUAUUGCAGAAAAGCUGGAUGAUGUAACAUGCUUCUUUAGUGACAUGGUUGGUUUUACGGCAAUCAGUAGUAACCUUCAAGCCUCGGAUCUGGUUCUAAUGUUGAAUACUAUUGUCAAUGGAUUUGAUGCUCUUACCGAGAAGUAUAAUCUGGAAAAAAUUAAAACAAUUGGAGAUGCCUAUUUUUGUGUGGGUGGACUUCACGAUUCCCAAUCCGACCAUCCAGAAAGAGUCUUGAAAUUCGCAAUUGACACAUUUAAUGUUAUUUAUCAAUACAACACCAACAAGCAAAACGUAGGAACGAUUACAAACGACCUCAAUAUUAGAGUUGGUAUUAACACAGGUGCUGUGGUUGCAGGAGUGAUUGGAACCAAAAAGUUUGCCUAUGAUUUAUGGGGUGACACCAUCAAUGUGGCUAGUAGAAUGGAAUCGACGUCCCUUGUAGGACGGAUACAAGUUUCAAGAUCGACUUACGCUCGAGUGUAUGAUCUUGGUUAUGAAUUUGAAGAAAGAGAGGUUGAAUUGAAAGGAAAGGGUAUCGUGAAGAGCUAUUUACUGAACGAGAAGCAUCAUAGACAAUCUAAGGAAAGCCAACCACAUCAAACAAUUCCCAUUGUCGUUGUUGAAGAUUUGGGACAUCCCAUCCAACCUCAAUCAUCACAUCAAUAA